AUGAGAGGAGAAUUCAAUGGGUUGAAGAGUUUGAUACUCAAGAGAAAUUCCAGUGCUUGUUAUGUACAUUGCUUUGCUCAUCAGCUUCAGCUCACGAUUGUUGCUGUUGCUAAAAAACAUAAAAUUGUCGGAUCUUUUUAUAAUUCUAUCUCUCGUUUGUGGAAUACUGUUGGAGGUUCUUGUAAGCGCAGAGAUAUACUUCUGGAGAAACAGAGAGAGAAUAUUAUUAAAGAGAUUGCAAGUGAUGAAAUAAGCACAGGAAGAGGACUAAAUCAAGAAAUGUCAUUGAAGCGACCUGGAGAUACUCGUUGGAGUUCACAUUACGGUACUCUUGUCAACUUGAUACAUUUAUAUUCUUCUAUUGUUGAUGUUCUUGAGUAUGUUGGGGAGAAUGGUCAUGACGAUUCAAUAAGGGCUGAAGCUGAUGAUGUGCUAGAAAUUAUAAAUAGUUUUGAGUUUGUCUUUGUGUUACAUCUUAUGAAGCAAAUCUUGGGAAUCACACAUGAACUCUCCCAAGUGCUACAAAAGAAAGAUCAAGACAUUGUUAAUGCGAUGAAUCUUGUCAAGGUAGCAAAAUCACGUCUGCAAAUAAUGAGGGAAAAAGAUUGGGAUGUAUUGCUUGCUGAUGUUUCUAAGUUUUGUAGCAAAUAUGAACUGGAUGUGCUUGACAUGGAAGAUGAGUUUGUAGCUCGAAAAAAAGGAAGACGUAGAGCUGAGAAAAUGAAGAAUCUCCACUAUUAUCGAGUUGAGCUCUUUUGUUCUGUUAUUGACUUGCAAGCUCAAGAGUUGAAUCAACGUUUUGAUGAAGUCAACACAGACUUAGUUUUAUGCAUGUCAUGUUUUGAUCCUAGGGAUUUAUUUUCUGCAUUUGAUUUGGAGAAGCUGCUUCGUCUUGCACGGUAUUAUCCUUCUGAAUUUUCUGAAGUUGCUUUGUCCGAGCUUAAAAGUCAACUUGAGAACUUUAUUUUCGAUGUGCGCAUAGAUGAAAAGUUUUCACAAGUAUCAGGAAUCAGUGGUCUUGCUCAAAAGAUGGUUUCUACAAGGAAACAUGAAGUUUUUCCAAUGGUUUAUUCAUUAGUUAAGUUGUCAUUGAUCUUACCAGUUGCCACUGCAUCAGUAGAAAGAGCCUUUUCAGCAAUGAAGAUCAUCAAGACUUCUCUACGUAAUAGCAUGGGAGACCAACUAUUGAAUGAUUGCUUAGUUCCUUACAUCGAAAAGGAUGUGUUUGUUAAAUUUAAUUUUGGACCCCCCAUUAUAAAAUCUCUGGCUCCGCCACUGGGAGCAACUGCUCAUGUUUGUGCCGAUAGGAGUAAGUUUUCAACUUACAGUCCUGUUGAUGGGAGGAAGAUCAACAUGGGGAAUCAAGCAUCAUCCGAAGUGUCUCCCUCCCGGGCCAGGCCGUCAAAGAAGAAGUCGUUUGAGGUGACGUUGGAGGCUGGUUUGCACGGGAAGCCGUUCAUGGAAACUUGGGCUUGGAGAUCGGCAAUGCAGAAGUCUUGCAAGGGGUCAGGAUUAGAGGAGAGAGAGGAGAGUGGUGAUGUGAGGAGGAGUGUGGAGAAGAGUAGGGUUAGGGUUAGGGUUAGGGUUAGGGUUAAGGUUGAUUUGUGA